CAGAGACAACCGAUGGCGGGGCUCCGCCAAGUGACUGCACGCCCCCCCGCCAGCGUAGCCGCAUGGUCCUACGGACUUAACCUGACGCGGGAAGCUCCCACCUUUUUGAUACCAAGCAAAAGAACUCCCGACCGAGACCUCCCGACAAGUCACAGCGCCGACCUCUUACCGACGCAUCAUUCGCACACCCAGCGCAGACGCGUAACCCGCACUCCCUCCCAUCGUCAGGACCACGUCCCGCGCCUGUUCUUUCUUCUAUCCCAAGCCCUCCCUUGUGCUUCUUUUCCCGCACUUCACAAUGUCGUGGCAGGCCUACGUUGACAGCAGCCUCGUCGGCACCGGCCACAUCGAAAAGGCGGCCAUCAUCAGCGCCGCCGGCGACAGCGAGUGGGCCACCUCGGCCGGCUUCAAGCUCGAGCCUACCGAGAUGAAGGCCAUUGCCGACAUCCUUUCGGACGCGAGCGGCGCGCGCGACCGUGCCUACUCCGAGGGCCUCUAUAUUGCUAAGCAGCGCUAUGUCAUGGCGAACGCCGACGAGAACACAAUUUACGCUAGACAUGGCCGCUCCGGAAUCUGCAUCGCCAAGUCACAACAGGCUAUCCUCGUCGGGCUUCACAACGAGGGGCAAAUCGCAGGCAACGCCUCGGCUGCCAUCGGCGCCCUCGUCGACUACCUGAAGCCCCUAGGCUACUAGGUUGCACACGAUCUCUCCGGAUAGAUAGGCGACGUUGAUUCAUAUGGGGGUAAUCAAGCCCCAUUCGUUAUUCAUUUCUCCUCCCUGACCGCAAUGGUGUGACUCCUUGUCAAGUCGAUUAUACGAUGACGUGAAGGGGAAAGAAAGAGGGACUGGGUUUGGGCGGGUGUCGCGAGGCUUCAUCCCGCUCUGCUUCCGGCCAGGAUUGUUCUAUAUUUGAGACUUUACCCAGGAAUACAUAUGCAAGAACACGCAUCUGUUUUCCUUGUCCUUUGGCUUUGUGAUUCG